AUGUGUGUAGAGAUGUCAAAUUCUUCUCGAUAUAUAUUAGAAUUGGGUUUGGAUACUGUUCGUUUUGAACCUGUUAGUAAACUUACCAAUGUAUUUUUCGAUGAAGCAAACUGCCAAGUCUUUGCUGUUAGAUCCGGAGGAACUACGGGAGUCGUCGUUAAAGGACCAUCCGACAAAACAUCCAUCAGUUUUAGAAUGCUUGAUAAAGGAGAAGUGAUGUCAAUAAAAUUUUCCCCAGAUAAAAAAAUUCUUUCUGUUCAAAGAAGUUACAAGUCAAUCGAAUUUAUUAAUUUCAACGGUGAGCCCGAUAGUCUGGAAUAUUCUCAAAGUUGUAAGGGCAAGACUACGAAAAUAUUAGGAUUUUCAUGGACACAUACGAAUGAGAUAGUGUUUGUUACAGAUCACGGAAUUGAGCACUAUCAAGUGAUUCCUGAAAAACAUAGUCUGAAAUCUCUGAAAAUUUAUAAUGUCUCAGUCAACUGGUUUGUUUUUCAUCCAGAAAAUUCAUUGUUACUGUUAUCAUCAGGAAGUUUAUGCAAUGUUAUGCACCCUUUCCAAUUCCGUCCAGGGGCUGCGUACAAAUUAUCGAAAUUUGAAAUUGAUUUGCCAGCAGUGCCAAAAACACAGAAGGUUUGUUUAUUGGAAAGAGAUGUUAGUAUUGCAACAGUAUAUAACAAAAUAUGUAUAUUUGUUUUGAGACAUCAGCCUAGAUCAGUAGGGACUCCUGGUGCUGAAAUUGUUGUUUAUAGUGUUAUUAAAGAUGGUCCCCCUCGCAAAACACACAUUUUGAAAUUGGAUAAAAGUGGCCGUUUUGCUAUUAAUGUCAUAGACAAUGUUAUUGUUGUUCAUCACCAAGCCUCCAAAGAAUCAAUGCUUUAUGACAUACAAAUACCAGGCGAUUCAGAUGGGUUUGUAUCCUAUCAUUCUCCAGUGGUCUCAAAGUGUCCUAUCAAGCCUUUCAAACUGAAAGUACCUACAAUCCCAAGCCACAAUGCUUCAGUUGAUAAUGAAGUCAGUUGUGAACUCUAUUCUCCGAAUUGGGUUGUUUUCCAACCCAACAUCAUAAUUGAUCCCAAACUUGGUUGCUUAUGGUACGUAAACAUGAACUGUGAGCCUCUGGUGGAUGUGAUUUCUGAAAAAUGUUUGCUUGUGGAUUUUUUAACUCUGCGAAAUAAGUCCAAAUCGAUCAUAUUACAAGUGUGUCGAGAUGCGCUCCUCCCGAAUCAACAAUUGCCUUUGAGGACAAUAGCGAAGAUUUUAGAUAAGUUGAAUCUUAUUUAUAAACAGAAUGCUGAUUUUCAAAAAAUGGAAUCUUCUAAAAUUAAUUCUCAGAAUGUAAAUUAUUUUCAUUCAAAUGCUGUGAUAGACCAGUCUGAUAUGUAUACGCAUGUGUUUUCUGUGUUUGAAAAUGAAAAUGGGAGCAAAAGAAAGUUUAUCAUUGCCGUUUUAAUAGAAUAUAUUCGCUCCCUAAUCCAACAUCAACAAUAUGUUCAACAUUUCUUAUGUAAACUAUUAAUAAAUGUUUUAGUUCAAAAUAAACAGUUUUAUCAGCUGCAUCAAUUCCUCCAAUAUCAUAUUUUGAGUGACUCAAAACAGCUAGCAUGUUUGAUGCUAUCGUUACAAGGUGUAUACCCUCCCUCCUAUCAGUUGGCUCUCGAUAUGCUCAAACGAUUGCAGAACUCUAAUGAAGAAAUUGUUGAAGUUUUGCUCUCUCAACAGAAAAUCUUACAAGCCUUAUCCUAUGUUCGAAGUUGUGGAUCUGUUGAUAGCCUUUCUGCUCCCAAAUAUCUAAGUGCUGCUAAGCUUACGGGUGAUCCUUGUAUUUUUUAUUCUGUGUAUAAAUUUUUUGAACAGAGGAAUGUAAGAUUGAGAGGAUCACCCGAUUUUGAACCUGGUGAACACUGUGAAAUUUAUGUUAAAUAUUUUGAAAAUUUGUUUGGCUCAACACAAAGUUCGGAAACUAUUUUGGAUUAAAUUAUUUUAAAUUCUUAAGCUUAAUAACGUUCUUGGAAGUAGCAUUAAUUAAAUUAUUUCAAUAUAAUGUGUAUG